CGACUCAACACAUCUCUUUUGCCCUAAAUUGAUACACAACAAUCUCCAGUUUGACAACAUCGCGCCGACCCAUCGUCGUCGGACCAUUGUCGCCGGUCCAUCGCCGCCAGUCCAUCGUCGCUCCAUCACAUCUCCUUCCAAGCAUUCGGAUACUCCGAGAUAACCGCCGUCCAUCGCUACAAUGGCGUUACAAAUUCAUCAUGUUUGCCGGCCGAUUCCGCCGCCGCCGUCAACUGGAUCACUGUCAUCAUGGCCGACUAAACAGUUUACCAUCGGCAGAGACGUUCACCGAUCCGUUGCUUCAACCAAGUCGAUCGAUAGUAAAACCAUAAAAAACUUGAGGUCUUCGGUGAAGGUGAGAUCGAGCUUGGAGAUGUCCGGUCCAACGGUCGUUGUAGGUCAGGUUACCGAGGUUGAUAAGGAUACAUUUUGGCCAAUCGUUAAUGCCGCCGGUGAUAAGACCGUUGUUCUGGAUAUGUACACUCAAUGGAGGUCAAAUAGGGUAUACUUCUCUUUUGUGAUAUCGAAACCCUAG